AUGGUGAGCAAUCCAGUGGGAGAUCAGGUUGUUCGUACAAGUAUCUCGUUUGGUGUCAUCGAUACCUUCGCUGUUGCUCUGCGCCUUCUCGCGCGAUCGAGAAGCAAUGCUGCCUUUGCUGCCGAUGAUGCUCUCACCGUUGCCAGUCUCAUCCCUCUGUAUGCCAUGAUUGUCAUUGGCCACUUUGGUGUCGAAGCGGGAGGGUUAGGAUUGUCCACAGCGGUAAACCUCGAGCUAGGGCAUGGACCGUCUCGAAUCUCAACGUUUCUGAAACUGAUGAUGUCAGGCAUCGUAACGUAUACGCUCACGAUAACCAUAGUCAAGCUUUCCAUCCUGGUCCUUUAUCGUCGAAUCUUCAUCACCGCCGGAUUCAAGAGGAGUACCCUCAUCGUAGGGGCUGCAGUCAUGCUUUGGUUCAUUGUUGCUCUCUUCACGGAUUUGUUCCAAUGCCGACCUUUUCAAGCAGCCUUUGACCCCGAGCUCCUCUUCACCGAUCAAUGCAUCAACCUGCAAGCCUAUUACUGGGGAGUCACCGCUUCCAACCUCUGUCUUGAUGUUGUAAUGCUAUACAUGCCUUUACAUAUGGUGUGGGGAUUGAAACUUCCUACGCGACAGAAAAUUGCAUUGUCAGGCGUCUUCCUACUUGGCGGAAUUGUCUGCGUAGCCGGUGCUAUGCGUAUUGCCACAAUCGGAAUCUUGCAGAAAGAGGACUUGACCUAUACCAUGGCCCAAGAGUACACAUGGACACAGGUUGAGCCAGCACUGGCUAUUCUCUGCUCUUGCCUCGUAACAUUUCGCCCACUCUUCGUCAAUCUCAACCUUAACUUUUCUAGAUAUUCAAGCCGCUUCAGCCGCAGCAAGAGCCUGUCAUCAUCGAAAGCCACAAACUCCACCGACAUGAGUAAAGAACGGCGCUUAGCGGCAAAGGGAUGUCCACGACAGGGUGGCCUGCAUAUCGUCAACAUCGAUCUCGGGACCAAAGACCGAAAGGAUCCGUACACGCAGAUCUCGAACUCUUGGAGCAGGGGUGGUGAGGCUACUCCAAUUCAGCAACUACAUAGCAAGUCGAAGCACAAGUAUUCACCAUCGUCCAUGACAGAAGGCCAGGCGGUUGUUGCCGACCAUUUCUGA